AAGACAAUCACAGCACAGGACAAAAGUUUAGAGCAACGCUAUGCAGACGAACAUACAGCGCACUUUCUCUCCGAGUUUGCCUGUGCGACUGGUUGAGUCCUAUUAAUUGUACCUCAAAGUGAGAUAGCCUGUACGGAGGGGAACAUAAGGAGACGACGGAGGCGCUUCAGCCAGGAAAUAAGUGCCGUGAGAAAGAAACCGUCUUUCUCUCUCUCACACACACACACACACACACACUACCACAGCCGCGCCCGGAUCACAUCCUACAGCACAGCGUUCUCCCUGCUUUCCUGCUAUAGCAUGGCCAGUUCGAGUAAAGCGACUUUAAUCUUGCUCGUCUACGGAAUCUUAAUGCACUACAGCGUCUUCUGCACACCUAUCGGACUAAGUUACCCUAAAAUUAGACUUGAAAACGACGCCUUCGAUGAGGACGGGAAUUCAUUAUCCGACAUGGGUUUUGAUAGCGAUCAGAUUGCUAUACGAAGCCCACCAUCCUUAAACGACGACGCGUACACUCUAUACUACCCUCCAGAGAAGAGAACAGAAAGGCAUGCUGAGGAAGAAUUAGAUAGAGCCUUGAGGGAGAUCCUGGGUCAGUUAACAGCGAGACAUUAUCUGCAUUCUCUGAUGACAAUUCGUGCAGGUGAAGACAACAGCAUGGAGGAAGAGUCAGAGCCCUUAUCCAAAAGACAUUCAGAUGGGAUCUUCACCGACAGCUACAGUCGCUAUAGAAAGCAGAUGGCCGUGCAGAAAUACCUGGCAGCGGUUCUGGGAAGAAGGUACAGACAGAGAGUUAGGAACAAAGGACGCCGACUUGCCUAUUUGUAGCGUUGUUAUAGCGCCCAAACUGCCCUCCUGUGUAUAUACAUCCAGUCGUUAAAUCAAAGUCAUUCAGAUAUAUCUGACCAACCAGUGGAUUGCGCCUGUGUUCUUUCAACAUGUAUUUAUGUAUGAAGUAAAGCCAUUAAAAUGAAUAUUUUAAUAAUAAUAUCGUUUUUUUUCUUUUUGUACAAAAGCACUUGAAACCGCACAGUUAUAGCCUACUUUGUGGACCAAUAUUUUAUUUUCAUGUUAAGAUGUGGAAAACAAAUCAAAAUGAUGAAAAAAAAGAAGAAAUUUGAAGAAAAAAAAAGAUAAUUGUGCACCUUCAAUAUUAUGCGCUUGAAAUCUUUAAAAGUCAUCUACAUAUGCAGAAAAUAAAUAGAUUUUAAAAAGACAAUCAAAGUAUUGAAUGUUAUACUUAUUUUUGUAACCAACGUUCUAUUUUUUUUAGUGUUGUUUGUUUUCCAAACAGGCCCAAAGAAGCAGUGAGCAUGCUAUGAGAGGCAUAUCCGGCUUAUCCUAAAUGAUAGAUGUUGCCCUUCCCCCCCCCCCCCCCCCUCCUUCUUCCUCCUGCUACCUUAAUGGGAGUUCUGUGGGUUUGUAUAGCUCGCUGCCCCUCCAGGGGAAUUCAGAUGGCUUUUGUUGAAUAGCCUCUCAUUUGACAGAAAAACUGAUCGACUUACACGACCAUUCAUGUAACUGGUGGUAAAAUCCGACCCUCUUUUAAGCAGAAAUUUAAUUGCAGGCUUUUGCGAGGGCAUUAUUGCCUUUACUAAAGAUAAAAGGAAGCACUCAAGUGGCUGGUAACAGUAUGCUGCAAACACUGCUUGCUCACUUGCCUCAGAGUCAUUUACUGUAGGGCGAUAAAUUGUGCUUGAUAGGACCAUGUAAAGAAUGUUCCAUGUGUGUAUUAUGUACAGUAUAGGAAUUACACAGUGCACAUAUUCAUCUCAAUGUUGUCUGUGUUCAGUCAACAGAAUUAUUUGGAAGAAUGUGCUUCAACAGUUGACUGUGUUUGGGCAGCACUACAAAUAUUCAGAAUGGACCCAGAACAUGUAAAGAUGCAGGAAAUUAAGCAUUCUUGCGACAAGAGGUGGAGAGAAACGGUAGCAUCUGAGUUACAGUUAGGAAUAUUUAACUCUUACUUCUUAUUUAUGGGUGCAUGUGGAAACGGACACCUUGCUAAUUUUGCUUAGAAACUGCAUGCCAUCAUGCUUUUUUGGAUUGUGCUAUUUGGGAGGUGGGCUGUGCUCAGCCUAUUUCAGCACCACUCCCCCCCCCCCCUCAGAUGUGUUGGAAAUGUGAACAAGGAGGGUUGGAGGUGGUGGAAACUGGUACUGCACUGACUUGUUGAAUUUUUACCUCUCUUGCUGCUGUCAUUGUGGAUAUCAUAAAUACACUGGACCCCUUGCCUUUGUCCUGGUAGCAGUUUUUAAAGAUUAUUUUGCUUCUAGAUCGCCGUGCUAAAUAGUUGACUUGACAGUGCUGUGGUUCAUUGUUAAGACGGAGCUGAUCUGUGUUAGAUGUCUACCGAGGUUUGUGCAGUGAGGCUGUGAUAAAGAGAUGAGAAGAGUGUUGGGUGAGAGAGAGAGAGAGAGAGAAAGAGAGAGAGAGGUAUGCAUGGCGAGGAAGAGAGAGCAGGAGACAAAGAGAUAAUGUGCGUGUGUGUGUGUGUGUGUGUGUGUGAGAGAGAGAGGGAGAAAGAGAGAGAGAGUGAGAGAGAGAAAACAAAGUUACAUAAGAGGCAAGUUACAGUACAGCACCCACAAGCCUGAGAGAGUUUGUCGCACCUGGAUACAGAAACAAACGAGAGGCGAGAGCGCCGCUGCCUCUCCUCACCUGCCAAAGUGACAUCAGGGUCAAUGAGUCUGAUAGAAAAUAUCAGAUGUUGAAUUCCCUUCACUUUGGUACCAGCAGUAGGAUAAACAGUAUGUGAGUGAAGCUGGACACUGAGUUUCCCUCUUUCCCUCUGGCAUUAGAAUGGAGGUGAAUGAAAUUUAACCCUCCAGGAAAGGGAUAUCCCACUGACUUUUGUUAGGGAGACAUCUUAUAUAUUUAUUCAAUAUUAUGCAAAAGCAGCUUUAUGCAUCCCUGCAAUCCAAUCAGUGCCCUGUGUUCCCCCACAGAAACUAUCAAUACACUCCUUCAAUUUGGCUUUAUCCUACAGGCUUUGUGUGUGUGUGUGUGUGUGUGUGCGUGUGUGUGUGUGUGUGUGUGUGUGUGUGUGUGUGUGUGUGUGUGUGUGUGUGCAUUUAAUGUUUGUGUGAAGGAGUGACUGAAUGCGCAUGUGGAGCUGGAAACUGUUUUUGGCUUUGGUGCCUUGCUUCAACGUGAGAAAAAAAAAUGAGAUAAAAAAAUUCGCCACAAGUGACAGAUGGCAAUUUUAGUGGCCCUACAAUGCUGCAGUCCAUUAGCUUACAUUGAAACUCCCUUUGACUCUGUUUAAUUGCUCAGCUUAGUCUGCCCAAGAGUAGUAGAAUUAGGCUUUUUCUUUUUAAAGCAUGGCCAAUGAUUUAUUGAUUAUAAAAAGAAAAAAAAAGAAGAGAAUGUAUAUUUUGAUGGAGCAGGCAAUGUGUGUGUGUGCAUGAGUUUCGGGUGUUCAGUGCCUGUGAGAGUUGUGAACAAUGACCGGUGUUUGUUACUGUUGAUUAUGAGGUGUUGUUGAUUAUUUUGAUAUUGGUCAGUAAUUUAUUAAUCAGAAAAUAGCCCCAACAUAUUAUUUACAACUAUGUGCAUCACUAUUUAGAAUAAAAGGGUUUCAGAACAUGACAGAGAUGUUGUUCAGAUUAUAGAAAAUGCCUGUUGUUAAUAUUUCUGAAAGCUCCAAACGCCUUACUUCAAUGUUUAAUCUCUUAUCUAUCUGAAAACAAUGUGUUUUAAAAGUGAACCUUAGUACAAGUGACAUGGUUAUACACACAGGAGUCCUUAUAUGGGUUUACGUUUCUCAAUGUUAUGAAAGUGUUGUAAGAUUUGUAUGAAUAAAUUUUUGUAAACAACA